CCAGUCACACCGAGCAUUGCAUCGACUCCAAGAUGGCGAAAACACGUCUGGCUUGCCUCCUGACUCUUCUCUCAACUCACUGCUACUAUAGCGUGUUAGCAGUGGUCCUGAAAACAAACAACGAGUCGCCAUGGACUGAUGAGUUUGACAAAAUCGAGUUGUCUUGUUUGAUUGAGUCCAUUUCUACAACCAGCCCUAGAAUUGAGUGGAAGAAGAUAACAAAUGAUGGACCAAGUUACGUGUACUUUGACAAGAAGAUCUCAGGCGACCUGGAGAACAGAGCGGUGAUCAGAGAACCUGCCACAUUACUGAUCACCAACGCCACAAGAUCAGACACAGCCAAAUACCGCUGUGAGGUCACCGCCGCUGAUGACCAGAAGUCAUUUGAUGAGAUUGUGAUUGACCUUGUUGUAAGAGUAAAGCCAGUGGUGCCAAAAUGCAGUGUCCCAAAAUCAGUGCCUUUUGGGAAGUCAGCUGAGCUGAGCUGUGUGGAGGAGGAGGGCUUUCCCAAGUCUCAGUACCAAUGGUUCAAGAACAGGGAGGAGAUUCCUGAUGACCCAAAGACCAGCCUCAAGUUCUUCAACUCCUCAUACACGCUUAACGCAGAGACAGGGACACUGAAGUUCAUCGCAGUCAGAAAAGAAGAUGCGGGCGAUUACUACUGCCGAGCAAAGAACGAUGCAGGAUACUCUGAGUGUCCACCCCAGAAGAUGGAAGUCUAUGACAUUGACGUUGUGGGGAUUAUACUGGGAGUGCUGGUGGUGGUCGUGGUGCUCUUAUGUAUAACAGCGGGGAUCUGCUGUGCAUACAAGAGAGGCUACUUCUCCAGCCAAAAACAGACGGGGAACAAUUACAAAGUCCCAGCUAAAGGAGACGGAGUGGACUACGUCAGGACGGAGGACGAGGGGGAUUUCCGACACAAGUCGUCAUUUGUGAUCUGAGGAGCAAGCGGACGAUGAGGAGCACUGUGCUGAGUGAAAGACGUGACAUGUGGGACGGCCUCCACGCUGUCUGACCACGGAGCUGCCACAGUUCAUGCUUGGAGCUCUCAGCAUGACUGAAAUCCAACUACUCAAGUUUGCCAAAGGUGACAAGAUUUUACAGGACAACAACAUGUCAAACACAUGUAGGGACUGACAUUCAUCCUUCUAUCACCCACAACUGAAUUCUUUUGCUAAAUUAUGGAGUUGUUCUUUACAGUUAUUGCAUGGUUUGAAACACCAACCGAGGUGAGAAAAUGAAACCUUUCUUUCUUCUGCCAGGUAGAAAAGGAGGCGUCUCUGUCCUCCACAGUCAGUCUAUCAUGACACCUUUCUACUGUUGCUUCAAACCUUUUGUCAUUUGUAUAACAUUUCUUUUCUACUGUUGAAAUUUGUCAGACUAUUUUUGAUGGAAUAUAUUUUAAAAUGCCUAUAGAUAAAGGUUUACUUUUUUAAAUAUUUGUAAAAUACUAACAUGUGUUGUUUUUUAUUUGGUUGUGGAUAAAAAGAUGUAACACUUUAACCACUUUGCAUCGAGCUGUAAGCAUUUACACCUUGCAAUCGGAAGAAAGAAAUGAAAAACGACUUGUAUCAGCAUAUCAAGACGUGCUUCUUGAUCAGCGGUCUUACAUAUUUAAUUUUUUCCGCUGGGGGCGCCCGCGUUUCUGUUUGUGAGAGACUUCCAUGUUGAUGUUUGUAGAUAGUCUUAGUACGAGGCUUUGAAGAGUGCCAGUCAAAUGCUGUGAAACACUGCACACAAUCAGUGCUGCAUUCUCUUGAUUUUAAGUGUCCUUCUAUGCUUGCUGUUCAUCUUGUAUAUAUUGAAUUUACUGUCCGGGAUAGAGUGUUGCUGUCAGAUGUACGUUCAGUAUUACACUAUAACAAUGAUAAUAUUAAUAUUAAUAAUAAUACAGGGUUUGUAAGUUAACCUUCCAGACCCAGACAGAACUAGAGGAAACUUCACAUGGAAGGUUGUAAUACUCAGCAUGGUACUUUGACAUCUGACUGUGUGAAUGCCUCAGUUUGAGUAGUUAAUAGAAACAAAUUGGAUGAGCUGAUCCAGAGAACAAAGACUCUGUCACUGUGAGUGACAGCUCAGGACUUUGUUAUUUUAACCCUGACUUACAAUUACGAAAGGUAUCAGCAACAUCAGUGAAAUGCCCAAACUCUACACUGCCUAUUAGUCAGGUUAAGCACAUUAAAGAGAUAAUUCUAUUUUUUAGGUGCGUUUGUAUGAGGUACUCAUCAAUAGUCAGUAUAUUACAUACAGUAGCUGUCAGCUGGCACACUCCUAAUUUGGAGAAACAGCCUGAAGUCUGACACGGAAGCUAAGCAAUAUACUGCUGUGGAGGGGUCAGCAAUAAAAUGUAUUUUAGCUUCUUAAAAAAUUCAUCCAAAUCAGUUUAAGUAUAUGCCAUAUUGAGAGUACUUUUACUGCUUUACCUUAAUGUCAGACUGUGAUUUCUGCUGUUAUAUCGCUCUCUUGAAAGCCAGACUCCACUGAGAAAAACAGUGAUUUGACAUCACUGAACACAGGAGCUGCUGCUCUACUGCUGCCUUGAUUGGUUGGUUGGUUAGUUCGUAUUAUAAUGUGACUUCGGCGUUAAAAAGGGUUAGUUCAGAUUCACCAAAGUCACACAAUAACAAAAACGAAUUAACUGAUCAAUGCAGCAGUGUGUUCAGUGAGUUAAAAUGUUUUUCUCAAUGGAGUCUGGCGGCUUUGAUGAAAGCAUAGAUGGGAAUUGAGCCUGUAAAUGGCUUCCCCGUCAGAAUAGGCUGUCUGACAGAAAGGUGAAGCCAUGAAAUCCUCUCAAUAUAGUAUACAUUUAAACUGAUAUAAAAAAUUUAUGUGGGAUUUUUUUUAAGUGGCUAAAACACAUGUCUGUGAUCCUCCACAGCAGAAUAUUGCUCAGCGUCUGUGUCAGACUGUACUUGGUUACUUGGUUACUGUGUGUAAUACCCUGCCUGUAGAGAAGAACACAAUACAACUCCACUUAAAAAAAAACUAUCCCUUUAAAUGCACUAAUUAUUCUUUGAUAUGACUCCAGGUUGACAUUUGCUGAUAUCCAAUCUGUUUGCAAACUAUUUUUGCUAAUAUUUGUGCUCAUUAGAGAGUAGAGCUCAUUUAACAUUUCUAACCUUUAGAUGUGACUAAGUGUUUUAGCUGGAAGAGAGAUCAUGUUUGGUUUGAGUGAAGCUCAUAUUGUUGUCACUCCUCUCAGCCAAGCUGAAGGCAGACGGAGCUGAGCCGACGCUGCAGUGUGACGUUGAUGAACAGCCGGGGUCUGGAGGGUUAACAGGUGUACUGAUUGUAUAUAGAUAUUUGUAUUUUCUCUCUCUUUCUCUCAAGAUUAUGUUAAGUGGUGAAAAAAUGUAAAGAUGUCCUAUUUGAGGCAAUAUGAAACUCUUUCCAUUUGUAAGACUGAGAAAAGGUAACAUUUUAUCAGCUCAUACAUAACACAUGGUGAACGAGAGCUUCUGAGCAGCAGCAUGGCAGAUUCAGGUUCAGGCUCUGUGUCAGUUCUCACAGCCAGCAGCUCACUGUUUCACUGUUCUGUUAGUUUUGGCUCCUUCUCGUCAUCUUUCUGAGCUCCGACCGGAUCAAACAAUCACACACCUGAUGUGGAUCAGAACUUCCAUGCAGCUCAGAUGAAGCGCUUGUUCAGCUGUUAUGAAU